AUGGACAUGUCAUAUUCCACUACAACAUCAGAUGGUCGCACAUGCUUUCCUGGAGAUGUGGCAGGAAAUCAUAUUCCCAGAAACAACGUACGUAGCUUCAAUGGUUGGCACCCAAGCAGCAAAAGACCCAAAGGCGCAGUUCCCAGAUCCUCGACGACAUCAUCGCUAAACACCAUAACCUAUGGACCCCAGAUCCCCCAACCGACCAAUCUCACCUGGGAGCACAACAGCGACGACAAACCCACCCGCCCAUACACGACCGCCAGCGACCUAUCCUGGCGCAACGCCAUCCUGGACGACGACAACUCGCAGCAAUACGGCACCAACGACGACGACGUCCGCUCGGCCGAGCUGGCGUCGCUACAAGAGAUUGUGGGCUGGCAGCGCGGCGAGAUGGAGGCGAUGAAGCGCGCCAUCGAGGACAUGCAGGGCCUGCUGGCCAGGCAGCGCCGAGAGGAGAGGGACCUGUCGUGGCAGCUGCACGAGCACAGGGCCGUCUCGCACGGGAGGGCCGCGCUCGUCCGCGACUGGAGGGAGCACGCCCGCGGCAUCUGCGUUGCGUACCGCAGCACCAUACGUCGCCAGGCGGCCGAGAUCUUGCUGCUCAAGGCGGAGAUUGCCAAGGGGGAUGGUCAGGCCAAGCGGCGGGAUUCGGCACCUCCCGACGAAUAUGAUGGGGACAGUCAUGGCAGGCUCUCCGAUGCUUGA